GACCUCCUCCGCCACCGGCUGGACUUAAAGAGACCGGUAAAACAGAUAACAGUAUUGACAUCAGUUGGGAGAAACCGAAAGGCCACAGCGCAUUCGACAUUGAUGGAUACAUGGUUAGUUACAAGACUGAAGCCGAGACACAAUACAAUAACCAGAAUAUUUCGGCGAUAUCGGGGGUGUUAAAUGCAGUAUUAACUGGUCUCGAGAGUGAUACAAUUUACGAGAUUACGGUUCAUGCUUAUAAUAAUGAUGGCGAGGGAGAUAAACUUAAAAUACAAGUCAGAACGGAAAAACCUGAUGAUUCAAGUAAGUGUCCUUAAUGUCCUUAAUGUCCUUACAUGUCCUUAAGAAAAUUAUGUUUGUUUGGUCAAUUGCAUGCACGUAUGGCACAAGUCGAAGAGAUAAAUCUCGCCGGCUGUACAAAAAGAUAAAAGGCUUUUCUUGAAAAAAGUUUAAAUUAAAAACUUUCAGCAAUAAAUUAAUAGAGAGUUUAGAAUAUGAGAAACUCAGUACGCGAAUAUGACGAAAAACACACGCUAAAUUCACAGUGACAGCAAUACGGAUAAUUGUUUAACAUUAACAAAUCCAGAAGUAAAACAUAAGUAACUGUUCAAAAACAGUCCUUGUAUAGAUAACAAAUAUCAUGAGUUUCCUAUUUUGCUCCUUACUAAAAAGUGCAGUACGUUUUAGCUAACUAGGAGACCAGAAGUGAAUUGGGACAAGUCUUAAACCUGGUUUACACUGGUCAUAAGAAUUGGGAAUUUCUAUUGCUGGCGCUCAUUGGUGUGUAAAAUCCUUUGUCUGUCGGAAAGAAAUACAAUGGAUCGCCGACGAAUUACGACCAUUGUGGACCAGGCUUAAGGAUGAAUGUUCGAGAUCGCCACAUUCAUCUUUAUGCCUGCAUGGUUCACAUCAACAAAAACUGAGAUCACGUAAAAAAUAUAUUUCAAUUGCUAAAAAAAUUAACAAAUCCAGAAGUGAAACAUAAGUAACUGUUGAAAAACAAUCUCCGUACUAGAUAACAAACAUCAUAAGUUCCCUAUUUUGCUCCUUAGUAAAAAGUGCAGUACAUUUUAGCUAACUAGAAGACCAGAACUAAAUUGGGACAAGUCGUAAACCUGGUUCACACUGGUCGUAAGAAUCGGGGAUUUCCAUGUCUUCCAUUGUCUGCAUGUGGUCAUUGGUGUAUAAAUUGCUUUGUCUGUCGGAAAAGAAUACAAUACAUCGCCGACGAAUUACAACGAGUGUUAACCAGGCUUAUAUAAAAGCCUGGUUCACACUGGUCGUAAUUUGUCAGCGAUUCUUACGACCAGUGUGAACCAGGCAUAAAGAUGAAUGUCCCAGAUCACCACAUUUCGUAUUCAUUCCAAUUUAUCCCUGCCGUGCUCAUAAACCUUUUAAAGGAAGCGGUAUUUUUUAUGCUAACAUUCUCAUAUUUUGCGUAUGAAAAUAUUUCUUUUUGAUCAUGCAGAUAUCAAUCACGGUUAAUCUUAUUUGAGACGAAACAAGAUGAUAUAACCAACUUCGUCUAACGACCAUAUAAGUGCGUCGCCAUAUUGUUCAAAUGAUUUAGCUUCGAAAAAAAUGCCUUUUCAAGUUUCUUACCAGCUUCCAAAAUUUAGUGAGCAUUCGUGUUUUCGUUUUAUGUAAAACCUCAGCCAAUGAGUUGGUAUGACCAUUUCACAGUUGGCUGUUUCCCAAUUAGGAACUGAGAAUCUUUGAAUUAAAUAAUAUUUUAGAUUAACCAUUAGAUUUGAAAUUAUUGAAAUUAUAAAUCAUCAGAUUUGAAAUUGUACGUUUCUCGUCUCAUGUUCAAAUAGAGUUAUUUUAAGAGGAGAUUUUUUACGAACUCGCGUAUUUGGCGCUCAAAACCAAUCAGAUUGCCAGAAUGCUGACACAGAAUAAGGUACCUUUUAGGGCCUGUUCAUAUGAUCCCGCUUACCGGGACGUCUCGCUUACCGAGACGAAUAUUUCCGUGCGUUCAUAUGGAGUAUUUCAUCCCGCUUGCCGAGAUGAAAUUACAUUGUAGUUCUAUAAUUAGCGUAUGCAAAACUUCUACAUUUCAGUCAAGCAACACAAAUACUUAGCGAUUUUAGUGUUUUUCUUCGUUUAUUUACAAGAAAAAGUAUUGCUUCAGGUGGUUAUUUAAUACUUGUUUACAAAACAAACUUCAAAAACUCAUUAAUAAUUCAUGAAGCAAUUAUCCAAUCUUGAGUAAGAAAUUAGUCAUGUGCAUACGUCUUUAUACCAGCUAAAGAACACUUUAACAAAAGGCCAUUGUUAUGCAAACUAUAUAAAGAUUUUUAUAUAAAGAUUUUUAUAUAAAGAUUUUUAUAUAAAGAUUUUUAUAUAAAGAUUUUUAUAUAAAGAUUUUUGUAUAAAGAUUUUUAUAUAAAGAUUUUUAUGUAAAGAUUUUUAUAUAAAGAUUUGACUUAUUAUGCAUACGUUUUUGAAGUCAUUUAAAAAACUCGCGGGUCGUGUUUUAUUAGGUCUAAAGCCACUCGCGCUGCGCGCUCGUGGCUUUAAACCUGAUAAAACACUCCCGCUCGUUUUUUAAAUAGUACAUAAAACCAAGUAAAAAGUGUUAAAUUAAACCGGCAAGACUUGUUUCACUUCAUCCCGGUAAGCGGGCUGGCGUGUUCAUAUGGAAAAAUUUUCAUCCCGCCUACCUAUGAUAUCGGCAAAUUCAAACGAGAUCUCGGCAAGCGGGCCAGCUCGCUUUCUCAUAUGAACACAAUGCAAAAUUUUAUAGGAAAAUAGAUAGGCGGCGAGAUCAUCGGUAAGCGAGACGUCCCGGUAAGCGGGAUCAUAUGAACAGGCCCUUAUUCUGUGAUGCUGAGAAGGCGAUAGAACAAUGCUGGCAAUAUGGCGGCGUCGUUUCGUGUCGAGGUGUGUAUCGUUUGAAAAUGAUGCAGUUUUUAACGCAAAUGACAACUGUAUGGGGAGAUUUUUGAUAGAUAAUUAGUCAAUUUAAUCUUCAAGAAGUAAGGAGAAUAAGAUGGAUUUAACAAGAUGAAUUUAUGAUAAACAAAGAAUUACAAGCGAUGCAAUGUUUAGUGGCAUUUGUUUUGACUGGACUGUCAUGCAUGGAACCUUGGAAGGUAUGGUUGAAUUUAUACUAAUUUUCUAGCCAAUAACCUGCUUCUGAUCAGAGUAGAAAAUUUUAACAGAACUAGCGUGUUUGUCCAACAUUAAUUUUGCAGAUUUUUACGAACGAUUUCAAAAUUUACUGAUUUAUUUGGAAAGGUGAUUAAAUGCAGCAUGUUUGGCUAUAGCUUUAAAACUAAAUGGAAAUAUUGAACAACAGUAUAUGUUCUGUUUUUUAAGAUAUAUGUUCUGCAAUUAAAUGUAUCGAUUUUAAAAUCAAAAUGCUAGAUAGGUUUGAAUUUAGUUUUUACUGUUCUUGCCAAAUGUGACUUAAAUUGGUUCAUAAUUUGGUAAAACAUAAUUUCAGCAGUUAUAAAUCAUCCGAAACUGCUUCUGAUCUAACUAAAAUGUUCUUCACAAUAGACCCUGGGUCUGAUAGUUUGCAAAAAGUAUAAUUUGAUUCAAAUUUGAGUGGUAGGUCCAAGGUCGUUUUUUAACAUUUUUAAAAUCAAUCGAAAUUACAAUAUUCACAGUGUUUAUUUACUUGAACAGCCCAAUAUUUAUAUUUUUCCUUGGAAAAUCAUGCGAGAUAUCAUGUUUUGUCAUAUGGACAUAUCACUUAUUACAUUUUUCACUAUCCAUGUUGAUUUAAAAUCUGUAUGAACCUUUUUAUUCCCAAAAUCCAUCAAGUACUGGUACUGUAUUAUUUGGCAGAAAUGGACGUUUAACAGUCUACUCUUUGCCAUCAAGUUUAACUAUUGAAAAUUAGCCCAAAACUGUUUCUAAUCAAACUAAUUUCUCUUUAAGGAUGAGGCCUGGGUAUAUUAGUAUGGGUAUAAUUUGACUCAAAUUUGAGUGGUAGGUCCAAGGUCGUUUUUUGACUUUUUUAAAAUCAACCAAAAUUACAAUAUUCACAGUGUUUAUUUACUUGAAAUGCCCAAUAUUUGUAUUUUUUCUUUGAAAAUUGUGUGAGAUAUUAUGUUUAGUCAUAUCGACGUAUUGCUUAUUCCAUUUUUUCACUAUCCAUAUUGAUUUAAAAUCUGUAUGAACAUUUUUAUUCCCAAAAUCCAUCAAGUACUGGUACUGUAUUAUUUGGCAGAAAUAGACUUUUAACAGUCUACUCUUUGCCAUCAAGUAUAACUAUUGAAAAUUAGCCCAAAACUGUUUCUGAUCAAACUAAUUUAUCUUUAAGGAUGAGGCCUGGUUAUAUUAGUUUGCAAAAAGUAUAAUUUGACUCAAAUUUGAGUGGUAGGUCCAAGGUCGUUUUUUGACAUUUUUAAAAUCAACCAAAAUAUUAAAAAAUUUCAUAAUAAGCCUGGUUCACAUUGAUCGUAAACAUCAGCGAUGCCCAUUGUCGGUGGUGAUUGAUGCAUAAAAUGUUUUGUGCAUUUUCUUCUUCGUUGCUCACAGACAAUGGAUCGUAGAACAUCGCCGAUCAAUGUGAACCAGACUUAAGGCUGUUUUGAAGGAUAUGUGAAUCUAAUGUGCACAGCUGAAAAGUGCUGCAGAACUGUUCCUGAACAAGCUAAAUUUAAAUUGUCUCACAUAUGAAGGCUGGGGUAUGUUAGUUUAAGUGAUAUGUCCCUUAUUAGGCUAGUUGUAGUGCUAACCAUGCAAACCCAGCUCUCAUAUAAAAAUCCUGCAUGUCUGAACCUCUUUAUUUAACUCAUUCAGUGUUUUUUUCUUAUUAAUUUCAUUUAAAAUAAACACAUAUAGUACGUGGGUCAUAUUAGAAUUCUACCAGGCCAGGCAUAAAUUAGAUCAUGAAUAUACACAGUAUAUCAUAAUAAAUUUGCAAAAAUAUCAAAUUUUCUAAGAAGAUCUUUUCUUGCAGGUUAACAAAGAAAACAAGAAAUGAAACAAGAUGAAAAUGAAUAUUUAUUAAAUCACAGAUUGUGAUACAAAUUUAAUUAUGAUACAAAUUUAUAUAUUUGUGUGGAUAUUACAAAAAGUUUAUAGGAUGUACAAAAUAGUGAAAAUACUCUACAAUGUACAUUUGUCAGACAUCUGUCUUCAUAAUCAUAUCUUUAAGGUUGUAAAUUUAAAAAGUAAUAUCCCAGAGAUCUGUAAAAAUAUACUUUCAUUGUUAACUCAGAGGGAAAGAAGUAUUCUUUUGUGUGGCAUCGGGAUUGAUUUACUUGGGGCAGAGGGGGGUUCAGUGUCAAAUCUUUUGCAAUUAUCAAACUAAAAAGGUCUUUAUGACCUUAUGGGAAACUUUGUUUUUCAAAACAUUGAUUGAGCCCAAGGGUGGAUUUUUAUUUUUUUAAAGGAGGGAUAAAAAUGUCUAGUGGGGUGCAAGUGGCCAAAUAGAUGGGGUGAGUUUCUAGGGGGGUGGGGGCUAACUGCCCUCCCCCCCCUGUAUAUGUGCCAAUGCUUGAGCCUGUCGGGGGCCAUGGUGAUGAUGCAUCCUGCCUCAUCAGGUCAGGCCCUGCUUUAUGACCAGCCCCAGUUUAGCAACCCUCGCACGACAUCAAGUUAUAUGCAUGAGGAAAAGUAGGUUGUUUUAACUAUUAUUUCCACUUGCAAUUGUCACCUACAUCCCAUAUGAAUUUGUAGUUUCCAAUUACUUUAGUAUAUUGUAUGACUAGCAUGGUAUACCUGAAGCACUGCAACAGCUGCAUGUGUACAAAACAGUAUGAAGUUUAAAAUUACAGAUAUGCAUGCUAUGUGCACUUGCAGUGAAAUGUUUUUUAUAAUAUGGACAUGCAACAGAGCAAAAAUUUACAAAUGUUCAAAUUCUUCCUUGAAAAUUCAAAAAUAGUGCUUUAAACUUUUGCAUGUACCUACUGUAUAUUAACGAGUUAUGAACAGGUAGGCCAUCAUUCCAAAGACGAAAGCUGUCACUUUCAAUCAGUUUAAUAUUAUAAUAGCUUUAAAUUACGCUCACUCCUGAGUCCGAUACAUGUGCAUAUUUACAUAAUAACCCCCGAGCCGGCGGCGCGAAGCGCCGUGCGAGGGUACUAAUUCCCCCCGGCUAUUUACACCCGGGGAAACGAAAGCAUUAGGGAAGUCUAAAGUUCAUCAAUGAGCGCGGGCGUCGGUCACCAACGAUGGGUGGUCAUCCUCACUGAUCUCAAAAAUAUGGCGGACUGUCAUAAAUAACGGACACUGAUUGGUCCAAUUCAAAGUUUGCAUUAUAACGGCUGCAUGACGACAGCGAAAUAGCAAACAUUUCUUGAUUUGAUGAGUUGAUGAUUGAUAAAUUUCUUGCAAAUAUUCUUCAUUUUUGCCCGUAUUUCUGCAAGAUUUUGUAAAUUUCAAGAAAGAAAGGGCGAAAGAAUCAGCUAAAAGAAGGGAGCCGACGUUAACGAAGGUAAGUUUGUUUUAAAUAUUGAUUUUAUAAUGGCUUUAAAACCCGACGGCCUUUGCGUAUAUGAAACAACUAAACAAGACAGCAUAUAAUUUCAGUGUAUCUUUAAUAUUGAUUCCCUUUUUUAUUAUAUUGAAUUUUUUAAAUAAAAAAUAAAGCAAAGUUAUUUGCAAACGAGAAUUUGAAAUCAUUUUAUUGCAAACUCAAAGUUUAUCGAUAAAGCCAUUUAAUAGUUAAAGGCAGUUUAGUUUUAUCAUGGAUAAUAAAUCAUGGUUAUUUUACAAUCCAUGGUUUUAUAAAGAACACUUUAAAACGUUUUGUGAAUUGUUUGUGGUUGAAUUUUACCUUAAAUCGAAGCUUGUAUUACGUAUAAUUACAUACCUAACAUAAAUAUGUUGGGAAAUUGAUAAUUUUGUAAUUAAAAGUGAUAUUUUUAGGCGAUUUUCAUUUGUAAGAAUAUUCUUAAAAAAUUAUCGUGUUACCAUGACAACUACUUUAGAUACUUCAUGUUCGAAAAAUACAACGGUUUUGUCAGCAAGGCGAGGGUUUCUGCAUGCAUGUAUUUUCUAGUAAUUUAAAUAACACCUACUAAGUACGAUAUUACACUUACCAUGUUAUCUUUCUUUAUAUUUGGCAAUGUUUUGCCUCGUGAGACAGCCAAAAAUCCAGUAAAAUUCUGUUAUUUUUCUUCGCCAAUUUUGAGAAACUUUUAAAACCAAGAUGACGGCGCAGCAUUUUUUCGCGAAGACCUGGUCGCUAAGUUUUGAGCGCUUUUCGAAAAAAAUACGCGACUUUGUAAAAAAUCUCCUCUUAAUAAUUUUAAUAUACAGGGUGUAUCAAAAUAAACGCAAUUCAUCUUUUGUGCUUAAUAACUUUCGAAAUACUAUAUCUAGUUAAACGCUUUUAGGCUUACUUCAAAGCCUGUUCUUUUCUCUUUCAAACAAACUAUUAUCUUUGUCUCCAAUGCUAGUAAUAAUUGCACAGGAAAAGAUUUAGUAAAACCUAUCAUUUUUAGUUGCUGUUUAAUUAUGCAAGUUUACUAUGUUAUUGUUUAUUCAGUUUAAAUGUUAGAAUUUUCUUCUUUAAACUUUAAUGUUGUCAUCACUACAUCUGGAAAACCACUUAAGAACAAAUUAAAAGUAUUUUAAAAGAGACCAGGUUGUUUGAAAAUCCUAAACGAAUGCUAAAAAUCGUCAAAACAUUCUGGUGUCUGAGCCAGAAUGUCAUCGAAUUGCGAUGUAAUGUAAACAGAAAUUAUAGCAAGUUGAUAUGUCAGUCAGCUUAGAUGAUCCAAGCCAAAAUUAUAUCGCAUUUGAAGUUUCAAACUGAGUUAAAAAUAGUGGAAGAAAAGCCGUAAUUAUACUUAUUGUUACAAUCCAUUUAAUAAAAUGCAACAUUUUUUUGUUUUAAUGAAAAAUCAGUUAUUUUCAUGAGAACGAUUUGUUAUUCCAUCUCAAUUUUUUUAAUCUCCAAUCGCAAUAACGUAAAGUAUCAUUACCCGCGAACCAAUGAGUCAAAUUUAAGAAACAACCCACUGUUAGAAAGCUGAAUGGCUACGCUUUAAAAUGAAUGUAAACUUUAACGUUUUCGUCUAUUAUUUGUUUAGCAAUUUACAUUUCAGUCGAGGAUUGCGCUUUUUUUGAUACACCAUGUAGAGCAGCAAGUUAUUUUGCAUCAUGUAACUGAGUUUUAUAAUAUAUAAGUGUGAUAUAUAACAGACGAUUUGAUUGGCUAAUGCGCGUGCAUUGUGACGCAAUAAUGCACUGUGAUCUGUGGCACUGGUUUGCUCUUUCUUUGUUGAUGCUCUUUCUCUCUUCAUUACUGCUUUUUAGCCAAAAAUAUAAACAAAAUAAUAGAGCUUUUAAAUUACAAAAAUUACCAAAAAGCAAGAAGGAAUAGACCAAAGAAACAAAGCAAAUUUUUAUAGUUCUGCGUGUAAAAUUAACCGGCUUGGCAUUCGUCGAAUUCGUUGUUGUCUGGACAGGUUUUGGGUAAAAGAGUGCAAAAUAGCCGAGAAAAAACUUGAAAGAGAUACAGGAAUACCAAAUACAGUACAUACAAAAAGGCAAACAAAAACUGAAUAUACGUGAUUUAGAAUACUCGACUACGCAAAAGGCUACGCCUCGUAUUUUACAUGCUUGUCUCGUAUUCUCUUUUUCUCAUAUUAUAAAUGAAAUAGAAAACGCGUCUAUUAUCGCACUAUAAACGCACGACGAUGGGAAUGUUGGAAGAAUGCGACUCGUUUUCUAUUUCUAUGUCAGUGUAGGCAGUGUCAGUAAUAGGAAAGCUGCCCAUUGAUAAAGAUACAACUACCCGAGAAAUGCGAGGAUAAAUUCUACGUUUUGAGCGAAUGCCCAACUAUAACUCCCGGGCCGACGACGGAUCUUUAAUACAAAUAUAUAAAAAGGGUAAAAAAAAAUGCAAAAAGCUCAUACGCACGAUAUCAGCUUAAACCAACAGUGGCUAAAAUAUUUUUACCUCUCACAGGAACAUGUGAAUCUCAACAAUGUCCUGGAAAUUCAACAUGUAAACAAUUGACGGCUGACACAAUAUCAUGUCCUUGUAAUGACGGAUAUUAUUAUGAUGGAGUGAGCUGUAAAGGUACAGUAUGUUGUUGUUAAAAUAGUAAUGGUUAUUUAGUACCUUGCAUCCUGCAAAUGCUGCAUGUGUAACCGUAUAGAUCAUACAUUUGCAAAAUAAAGAUGGAUUUUAUUGUGUAUACAUUGUAGCUAUAACCUGCAUAUGAUGUGUCGCCUGAUAAAAGGCUGGAAUAAGAUAUUUUAUUAAUCUGUAUUGGAUUACUUGUUUCUGUUUUUCUUGACAGGCAUUAUUUUGUACUCUGCACAUGAUGUUAAACACGGUCACUUGAUCAUCGUGACUGUUAAGUUUAUUUAAUUAGCCAAUUUUCCCUGUAAUUUUCAUUUCGUCCUUCAUAACAAAAACAUUGUUAUUUAUUCAGUCAUGAAAGAAGAGGAUGGACAUUAACUAUAUUUCUAACAAUAUUGUUUCAUAAAUUGCCAAUUGCCCUUUUUAUUUCAGAAUUUAUAGUGAUAAAAGUUGCAGUAACUUUGGAGGAAGAGUUUACUGAAGAGCUAAAGAACACUUCUUCGCCAGUUUAUCAAGAAUUGGAAAGAUAUAUCACUGUAGAGGUAAUUAUGGAUGGAAUAUUGUUAGAAAAUUGCCACUUAUUAAAAUUACAGUAGUUUCCGGAACUCCGCUAGAAUAAAACUCUUAAGUCUGUUAAUUGUAUGUAUAGUUAGAUGAAAACUUGUAUAUAUAUGUAAUUCAUUAUGUUUGCCUGCAUGAUAAUCUACAUUUCAGAUAUUCAUCUUCUGCGACUCAGCUUUAAGGAGUAGAUUUUUUAAAGAACGAGUCACAAACACUACUUGAUCACAUUUGUCACAAAAAGCAGUCACAGAACACGUUCAAAUGUGGAGUUUACUAGUAUAUUCGUUUGGUGAUCAACCUUUCAGGUUACAUAUAGGCUAUUUAAAUUUAUUUUCCUUCAUUGAAAGCAUUAUAUCUGUAACCCAAUGAAAAUUUUGCAUGUUAUUUGACAUAUGAAUUCUCUGGUUGUUAUGAAAAAUUUAUUUCACGAGUAAAAUUACUAUUUAUAAUACACAUGUGUAUCAUUUACUGUUCCAAUGCAACAAAUAAAUAGCAAUACAUUUUCAAGCGAAAUAGAAUAAAAUAUAUAUGAUUAAUUCAUUUAUUCCUAUUGGUACACUAUGUUGCUUUUUUAAGCUAUAUGAAACAUUUAAAGACACUCCAAACUUCCAAGAAGUAGUGGUCUUGGGAUUCAGGUAAUCUUAAAUAAACGAAGGUCUGUUAUAGACGGUGAACUUUUCAUGCGUCGAACCUAAUCAAAUUCAAUAGGGCAAAAGUUUGGCGACCAAUUUAGACGUCAUACUUAAUUUACCAUGCAAAAGAAAAAGACACUAUACCAUAAAUUCCAGUGAUAAAUUGCAAAUAAAUCAUAAUCAUAUGAUGUGCGUUAAAAUAAUUUAUACAUUAGGUUGAAGGAAUGAAAAUCACGGCGUCUAAACACAUCUAUUGUCGAAUCUGCGUUGAAUAUUACGCCAUGGCUUGCGGUAUUUUGUGCCAUGUAUAACGUAUAAUGAAAACCGAAUUAAAUGAUUUACAGCUAUUGCAAUUAAGGUUCUCUACGAGCAAAGCGGAAAAGUUGAAUACGAGCGCGAAAGGCUGCUGGGAAUCCGUUACAAAUUAAUAAAUUUUCAAAGAAAUUCCCAGCAACCUUUCGCGCUCGUAUUCGACUUUUCCGCUUUGCUUGUGGGCAAUCUUAAUUGAGGCCUAGUUUCAGAAUAUAA